GGUGUUGCCACUGUUUAUAGAUAAAUCCUUAUUCGAUUGUUGUUAUCGAUAUACAUAAUUUCGCGCAAUUUAUGUGAGUGCACUUGUUAAAAUUUUGCUGCUUUUAUUUUUAAUAAAAUGGACGAGGAACUAGAUAUAUACGAUGACUUGGAUGACUUUCAGGAAGCUGAAGAAAAGAAAUCUAAAGAACUGCUGGCUUGGAAGAACAGACUUGAUGCCGCACAGCUGGAAAACAAUAAUUUGCAAACGCAAAUCAAGUCGCUCGAAAAGAAAAUAAAAAUAAUGGAAGUCAAUUUUCAAAACCUGCUCGACACAGGCAGGUCGGAAAUCAAACGCAAGGAUCAGCUCAUUACACAGCUGCGUAAAGAGAAAGACGAUUUAUGCUUUAGGCGCAAGCAUGCUCCUGGUACACAGCAGCCUGUUAGACAAAAACCGUUGGACAAGAGGUUGGACGAGACCGAAACCAACAACCCGUUUAAGAAAAGCGAGCGGAGCGCUCAAGCCACACGUAAACAUAGCCAUACAAGCCCUGAUAAAGCUAGCGACCAGAAACGUACUAGACAGGACAGUGCAGCUGAAAAGCGACUUGAAGAGAGAGAAACAUGUAAAAAUCGUGAUCGACGUCGCAGCAGAAGUCGCAGUCGUAGCCGCAGUCGCACCCGUGAGCGUUAUCAUAGUCGCGUAAGAGAGCGAGACAGAAGCAAUAGCCGUCAUGAUAGGUCUAAGCACUCGAAGCGUAGUCGACGCAGUUCCUCACGCUCUCGUUCACAACCCAGGCAUCAAGGAGGCAGCAAAGCCAGGAGCCACCACAAGUCAGAGGCAAUGGACACGCUCUUUGGCCACACACCAGAGCGCAAAAAGUCAAGAGAAGGCAACAGCGAUAGUCAUGUGGAGGUGUUGGACAAGCUUUUGGCAAAUGCCGAGCCCCAAACACCUCAAGAGUUGUACACACCGCAAAGCCACACAACAGUCAGCGACAGCGCUGAAGCAGCAGCAACAGUUGCGGAAAAUAUUGAGGAUUAUUUUGUGAAGAACACUGAACAGAUUAAAAACAUUACAGAGACCAUUCCUAACAUAGAGCUAGUGAACCCCCAGUCCACAGCAAUAGACAGAAAUGAAGCGCCAACUUUGAAUUUAACUGGAAGCAAUGACGAAAACAAGCCGAAUUUCAACAUCGAAAUACAAAAUAAAAAGGAAGAAACACAAAAGGCAGCGAUUGAUAGAAGAGACACGUCAACGAAAAGAAAAUCCAAAUCAAAGUCUGAAAAGCCGCUAAGUCAGGCAACAGUCAUCACUAACAAUACAGAAACAACAGCUGCAGAAAAUAUUGGAGACUAUUUCGCUAGCAGCACAGCGCAGGUUCAAAACAAUGUUGAAUCUAUUCCUGGUCUGGAUUUAUUAGCUGGGGGAGAUGAUGUGCAAUUGAACAAUGUGGAGCUCUUAGCAUCAACUUCAUCCGAAGGCAAAGAAGUUACUACAAUCCACCACCAUGGUGGUGUCAAGGAGAAACCGAUAUCAAACCUCGUGAUGGAAAAUAAUAAGGUUGAAACAGAGGCAACUCAUAAGGCAACAAAGCACAUUGAACAGCAAAUUGAUAGAAGAGACACAUCAAGCAAAAGAAAGUCCAAAAGUCCGAAAAAACUUGAAAGCAACGCACAAACUAAUUUUGGCUUGGAUUUGGCCGACGUUACCACAAUGACUGUGCCAAGUCAGAGUAAAAAUCAUGUCGAGAAGCAGAAUUCAAAGAUCGUAAUAGAAUCUGAGGAACUUAAAGCAAUGGAAAAUCAUAAAACAGCAAAGCACAUUGAACAAGCGAUUGAUAGAAGAGAGAUAUCAACAAAGAGAAAGUCCAAAUCAAAGAAUGAAAAGUCACACGAUCAGAUUGCAGAUUGCAGCAACAAGGACGCAGGAGCAACAGUUACGGAAAAUAUUGAGGAUUUUAAUAUAAGCAACGCAGAACAAUUUAACACACAGUUUAUUCCUGGCUUGGAUUUGUUAGCUGGCGAUGAAUUGAAUAAUGUGGAGUCAAUUGCAUCUGCAGCACUGGAUGGAAGUGAAGUUAGCACAAUGGGGGUGCGAAGUCCGAAUGAAAAGAAUUUUACUGAAUGCAUUGUUGAGCAAAAGACAAUUUCGAACAUCGUGGUAGAAAAUAAAAAGGAAAAAAUAAAAGAUAAUAAAGAUGCGUCAACUAAGAGAAGGUCCAAAUCGAAGACUGAAAAGCCUCAAAGUCAGGCAACAGUCCAAAAUGCAGAAGCAACAACAGUUAAAGAAAAUACUGAGGACUACUUUGCUUUUGCCAGCAACAUUGAGCAGGUUCAAAACAAUGCGCAAUCUAUUCCCGGCUUAGAUUUAUUAGCUACUGAGCAAUUGGACAACGUGGAGUCCACAGCAAUGGAAUGUAGUGAAGUUACCACAAUGGCUGCGACAAGCCCAAGUAAAAAGUGUGUCGAUGAAAAGACGAACUCAAGGGAAGAAACAAGAGCUGCUGAAAAGGCAGCAAGGCACAUUAAAGAUGAAAUGGACAAAAGAGACUCAUCAACAAAAAGAAAGUCCAAAUCGAGGACUGGAAAGCCACCCAGUCAGGUUGCAGUUAGCAAUUGCGAUGUAGAAGCAACAAUAGCUUCAAGUAAUAUUGAGGAAUAUGUUGUGAGCAACAUAGAGCAGCUUAUAGCUGGGGAGCAAUUGGCGAACGUGGAGUCUACAGCAGCUACAGCAAUUGAAGGGAUUGAAGUUAGCGAAGUGAUGAUGAGAAAGGAUGAGAUAAAGCCGACUUCGAACAUUGCGAUAGAAACUAAGAAUGUUGAAGCAAAACGAAACAAAAAUGAAAUUAAUUUGUUAGCAACUAAAAAGCCAGUUGAUAAAAGAGAUACAUUAACAAAAAGAAAGACAAAAGCGAAGAAUGAAAAGCAAAGUGCUGCUCUUAAGCAAGUUCAAAAGGAAGACAAAGCGGUAGAAGCAAACUUGCAAAUCAGCGCAAGCGUUGACCUAAAUAUUAAUAAGACAGAACCAGAAGCAGAAGCUGGCACAGCUAAUGCGGUAAGCAUGACCAAGCCGCAAUUGCGUGUUAGCCAAAGCAUUGAGAUUAUUGAGGACAUACGCUUGCCCGGGCGCUUGAACAUUGCUGAUAUAAGCGACAGCUCCAAGGAGCAGAAUACAAGCGAGUCUGUGAAAGAAUCUAUAAAGUCAACGGCUGUGGCAGCUACGGUUAUGUAUGCCAAGCCUGAUUCAACUAAGCUGGAUCAUACGGAUGAUGAGGCGACCGUGGACAGAUUGAUGCCAGUGCUAGCAACGCCAAAGCGAAACUAUAACAAUUUAAGCUUGGAAGCAGACAGCAUUGAGAUGGCAUUGGAGCAACUGCAUCAGCGAUCGCAUGGAAAAAUUGAGCAGCCAGACGAAACGACGGUUAGCUCCACAUCGAUGCGUGCACAACAGGAUCUUCUGCAUAUACUGACACAGUCGCCACAGCAGCCACAUAUUAGCCACGAAGUAAACACCAAGAAGCGAGCAAAUCAAGGCACUUGCGAGAAGACACCGUUGAAGAAGCGCAAGCUUAAUCUCAGCACUGAGCCGCACAUUGAGCUGGAGCAGCUAGUGCCACCAACACCCAUACCCACAUCUACACCCACACCCACACCAAAUGUCGACUGCCUGCCUGAACAUCAUGUGACCAUAGACGAGACGUUCAACAUGAGUAAUUUGGAUAGCAGUGAUUCCUCCAUAGUAACCAAGAGCUGUUCCCUGGGCAGCAGUGAUUAUCAAUUUGAGCGCAUUAAUAAUGAAGUUGUAUUGCGGGUCAUAAGACGCGGACGACAUCGUCAAACAGUCGCCACUAGUGGUAUAUAGGCAUGUAAAAAUAUAUACACCUGUGGCGCUCAUUUCUUCAAUUGCUGGGCAACUUAUGCUGAUCAGCUGA